ACCCCCAAGAUGAAGGUGUUUUUUGUCCUAGCAGCUUUACUGGUAGCAGUGAGCGCCCUGCCCAUUGAGGAGCGCGUGAAUGGCGAGAACGGCUGGUUCAUCCCCAAGCUCGACGGGAGCUUCGAGUGGAUGGACAAGAGCGAUGCCGAGGAGCUGAUGGCCAACGGAGCCCAGAUGGAGGGACGCAUCAGCACGAACGCCGUGAACUUCUACCUGUACACCAAGUCGAACCCCACCGACGGCAAGGAGAUCAAGGCCUCGUCCGGAUCCGUGGACGACUCGCACUUCAACAAGGACCACGGCACCCGGUUCGUGAUCCACGGCUGGACCCAGCGCUACUCCGACGACAUGAACACCCGCAUCACCAGGGCCUGGCUCUCCAAGGGCGACUACAACGUGAUCGUGGUUGACUGGGCCCGUGCCCGAUCCGUGGACUACGCCUCCUCCGUGCUGGCCGUUCCCGGAGCCGGCGCCAAGGUGGGUGAGAUGAUCAAGUACCUGCACGACCACCACGGCCUGGACUACGACAGCCUGGAGGUGAUCGGCCACAGCCUGGGUGCCCACGUGGCCGGAUACGCCGGCAAGACCGUCGGAGACAAGCGCGUGCACACCAUCGUGGGUCUGGACCCCGCCCUGCCCCUCUUCAGCUACGACAAGCCCAGCAAGCGCCUCUCCACCGACGACGCCCACUACGUGGAGUCCAUCCAGACCAACGGCGGCAAGCUCGGCUUCCUGAAGCCCAUCGGCAAGGGCGCCUUCUACCCGAACGGCGGCAAGAGCCAGCCCGGAUGCGGACUGGACGCCACCGGCUCCUGCUCCCACGCCCGCUCCGUGCUCUACUACGCCGAGGCCGUCUCCGAGGACAACUUCGGCAGCAUUAAGUGCGGCGACUACGAGGAGGCCGUGGCCAAGAGCUGCGGCAGCACCUACAGCUCCGUCCGCAUGGGAGCUGUUACCAACGCCUACAUGGUCGACGGAGACUACUACGUUCCCGUCAACAGCGCGGCUCCCUUCGGCAAGAUCGAGUAGAUCCUCUAUUAGUCUUCUGAAUAAAGCAGCAAACUGAAUACUCUCGAAAAAA